GUUAUAAAACAUCACUCUAUAAUAAGUCAGAUAUAUCAUAACAAGAGCAUCGACAAUAAAUCACGAUCAGAGGAAGUUCUUCAACACAAGAGUUUGAACAUGUCAUCGAGGCCAGCAUCAAAAACAUGGGGUGGAAAAGAGUUCUGGGGCAUGAGUUGGGAGUACGAUCCACAAUGGCUACUUAAUGAAGAACAAAGACAAAUCCAAGCCAAACUGAUUGAAACUUGUAGGACUGUGAUCAGACCAAACGCAGUAAGUUAUUUAAAUUUUUUCUCGUUUUAAGACUACUGUAAAGACAAGUGUGAGAUUGGAAAUAACUUGAUGUCCAGAGAAAAGGUUUCUCCUGUUUGGAACCAGCUCCAUGACUGGGACAAAGAGAGUCCCCUUUCCCCUACUGAGAGCCUUUUCGGGUAUGUAUCCUUUUUGAUGAAAAAAGCUCUUUGAUCUUCUAAAAAUCAUGAUAAGCGGACUUUUUAGUUCAGUAGAAUAAUUUCACUUGCAAAAGAUUUUAAGAUACAAACAACAUCCAACGUUCGGAUAUCAUCGAGGGAAUUCUCAUCGUUUUUGCUCAAGGUAUUAAAAGGAGCUGUUGACAAAGCCUCGGUUUGGUGGUUCAAAAAGAUCAAAGAAAACCACAUUAAAGGACCGAAAUAACUGAUUUGAAAUAUUAUCAUUAUGCGAAAUAAUGUACUAUCUUAACCUCAAGUUUCUUUCUUCAGCCUUAUGCGUUCAUUUUUGUAAUAGUGUUUUAGUUUGAGUUGUACUUCCCCAAAACAAAACAAACAAACAUUCUUUUAUUGUGACCUUCCGGAAGGAUGUUCCAAAGGUGCUGCAUUGAUAUAAAAUAACAUCGAGAUUAAAUUUCGACUCGGAUGUUCAACUUCCUAGAGUAUUUAGGUCCCAUGUUGUUAUGUUAUUCCUGCAAUCCAACCUGGAGUCUUUUUGUCAUCAUUGAAGAUAUCUACAAACAGUUCUCUGAGUAUUUGUUUAAAUUCUUGCACGUGCUUUUACUUACGGGAGGUAUCAUUUGGGUAUGAGGUUAAAAAGUCUUUGUGGGUAUGGUCGAAGACUGUGCAUGUAAAUCGAUUUGUUACCUGUAAAGACUAAAGCAGGCGCAUGCUACGUACGCAAGCUAACAGACCUUAUUCACGAUACUCACCAUCUUUGCACACGCUUUAGGAUCUUUAGGAUUGACGGGAUAAAAGUAAUGUCACGUGGUAUUUCAGGGGGCAAACAAGUGAUAACACUUGCCAAUAUAUACGAGCCGAAUGGCGAUCGAGUUUGUAUCGGUCAUGCAAAAUGCACAGUUUGAGAUUCACCGAGUAUUAUGUCAAUAUUGCACUUGUCCUGUGAGGACAUUUACGGUCGCUAAUGCUUCCAAAAAAGUAACAAUUAUCGAGUUCUAAAGUUCUAAAGUGUUUUGAAAGAACAACAUCUGAAAGGCCUACUUGCCAAAUACUAGCCACUGUGGGACAAAUUGUCUCGGAGAUACUAGUCUCGUUUUGCUUUGAUGACUCCAUACAAAUCCUUAGUAAAUAUGACUCGGCUCCUAAUGUUUUGAACUGAGACAAAUUUAGAAGACUUUGUAGAUGUCAUCAGAGCAUAACUGGGCUAAUGUCUCAAAGACCGAUUUGCCCUGGAAAUUGCUAAUUUUUGGCAAGUAAGCCUUUUGGAUGUUGUUCUUUUAUAAUACCCCGAAAAAUCCCAUAAUUUCACAAGUUCAUUCUUUUACGACGUCCUACUGCAGAAUAAAAGAAAUUAAGUACAAAAACUGUAGACGAAGAUCCUGCUAGUUGUCAACGUUGGAUCUCUAGAAAAGAGAUUUAAUCAGCUAAAAUAUUAGCAAAAAAAAAAAUGGGAAGUCCAAAGACUGCAACAAAGCUGAUAUUAGAACUCUGUAAUGAUCACUUCCACCCAUUGCUUGCCGUUAUCGUCUUUAAGAUAAAAACGUCCUAGUUAUCUGUUGUCUAGAAUAAACAAGCUCGUCCGCAAUUUCCUGAAUGGGCAAAUUUUCUUUGCCCUCUGAGAAACUACGUGACAUUGCCGCGCGUGCAACUAUGGCGGGUAUUAGCCCACGGAUACAACGGUCACUGCUACUUGAUAGCCGCAAGAAGAAACGGCUGCAUUUGCAGGCUAGCGGGUAUAGGAAUCGUAAAUAAGUUCUAUCGAUUUGAAACGUUUGCGUCAGAGAGCAGACUUUCAGUUAGUGAAGUGGGUGUAUUGCGGUUUGCGGUUUUAUGCCUUUUUCCAGACUGGUUAUAAUCCUGGGGGGUACUCCCUUAUAAGGGCUUAAUGGGGACGUGCGGCCAACCAGGGUAUGUUUUUCGGGAUUUUUGUCGUAAACAGGGUAUCGAAUUUAUCAUUUUUUGUCUUAAUCAGGGUAUCGAUUUAUCAAUUUUUGUCUUAAACAGGAUAAAUGUCUUAAACAGGGUAUCAAAAAUCGGAAUUCUGUCUUAAACAGGGUAGGAAAAUCAGCGAUACUUGUCUUAAACAGGGUUAGGGUAUGAGGGGCCGUGCCGCACCUCCCCACCCAGGGAUAUAUCGAGUACCCCCCCCGGGUUUAUAAUACGCUCUUAAAAUUCGCGGCCAUAAUCAUCCAAGUGAUUGUUGUCGGUUUUGCCCGCAGGCUCUGCCUUUUGUGACCCCAAUUAAACGUUUGUUUUUUCUGUCUUUAUUUAAUAUCGACGAGAAAAACCUGGUCUUUACGAUCUCAACAUUUUCUACUGUUUAGGAUUCAUAUGCAUGCGUGUUUAUUCGUUUAUACAGUUUGUGAUUAGUGGUACCACAGAUGUAAACAGGGCACAUGCACAAAGUCCUGUUAAAGACUCGCAAAACGCUUACGUGAUAGUGAAAUUAUAUACUAUAAAACGUUAUCCCCAUACCACUUUGCCGGCGGCAUAUAAUUAAUACCCGGUAUCCCCGGGCCUGUACAUAGAUGAAACCUUUGGUAUUACGAAUGAUAUUUUUGCCCCUGUUAAAAAAGAAUGCACGAAACAGGAUCGGAUAGUCCAUACAUCGUACCUUAGAUAUAAAAUGAACAAUCUUCCCAGUUCCUUUGGCAGUUCAUUACUUUUUUGGUUUCUCCCUGUCACUGACAUAAUGGUUUGCCAACCUGCGCCACAGACGGAACUAAACUCCCAGUUAACCAGGAUUAGAGUGCAUUUGCGACGCAGGCUUGCCUAUAUUUCUACGGAAGCGUUAUUCUACAAAUAAGUGGACUCAAAAUAACAGGCCGAGAUCGCACGUUCAUGCAAAGGACUGGUUAUUGUUCAAACGUGGCAGAACUUCUAUUGUUUGUGAACGUGUAUGUAUCAAGACGCAAUCCACCAGGAAAUUGAGUAAUUUUAACUUUCAGUGGACAAUGAACCUUGUACCAGAAUAAUUUCAAGAAUAUUGCACUCUUUUUUUUAUUUUUUAUUUCUUUUUUAGGGCUAAUAACACCAAGAAAAUUUCUAAAGGGAGUCCGAGAAAAUGAAUGUCAAAUUUCACGAGAAAUGUGAAAACACAGGUAAAAUUCUGAAAAUUUCAUGUGUAAGAUGUAAUUUUGUGAAGUUUGACAUUUAUAUUCUUGGGCUCCCAUAAGAAAUUUUCUUUGGUGUUAUUACAGAUGACUAAUUACAUCUUUAGCCCUUGAAAAAUGUAAAAAAGAAUGCAGUAUGCUUUGAAUUAUUCUGGUACAAGGUUUUUGUCCACUAAAAACUAAAAUUACUCAAUUUGCUGGUGGAUUCCGUCUUAACCCUUAACUCCAAACGAAUGCCCGCGUCAGGCGCUUUUCGUCCCCAGGUUUUCUUCCCUGAAGCUAGAGCACAGUAAGAGCGUGCCUUAAGUCACGACUGUUAAAUUAUGACGAGUGUAAGAUCACAUUUGAUCUCCACUCACGGAUUAUACAAACCUGAUUACUACGGUUUUCCAAUUUCGUUCUGGCUGAUAAGAGCUGAACGUGUCUCCAUCCUGUAUUCCUAAAAUUCUCUUCAUUGUUUUUUGACGAGCGUGAAAGAUCAAGAGAUGCCAGUGCGCUAUCUCUUUGUAGAUCAAUUCUCAAAGGCUUCCUUUCCAGUAGAAUUCUACCUCUUUCAUAGAGAAGAACCACUUAGUUACUGAUUGCAAUCUACCAUUCAAGGUCAUUCAAAUGAAAGCUCUGUGAAAGUAUUGCCAUGCCUUUGCACUGUAUGCCUACCUCUUUCCGGGAGGGCACUCAGUGAAGUUAUCAGAUAGAGGGGCCUUGCCCCGAGAUCCGACCCCUUACAUUUUAUAUACCCUCUUUGACAGAAUAGGAAACCUUUCAGGCGUAGCCUCCAUGUAAAGGCCUGUAGGAGUACAGCUGGGAUGCCAACGUUGCGUGUUAUUUCUUACAUUGAUUUCAUUAAUUCGAUUUACAGCCUGUAAAUUUUUUGCGCACGGGAUCUGUGUCUUGUAAAUCAAACCAACAAACUGGUAAGCUUGAUUUACACGGAUUAAAUUCUGAUCAUCAUAUUACGGAAUACGCCCUUCGUUUUCCACAAAGUUGGUUUUAAAACCAAGAAAAGUUUGAAGCACUGCUUCGCGCCUGCGUGAAAACCGGUAUACGCACCUUCUAAACCAUUAGUAUGGUCGGGGUAUAAGGUGUUUGCGGCGCAGGCAGGCUACAGUGCUUAAUACCGUUUGCAUUUUUCAAGCUGUAAAUUUUUGCCAUAUGGAAAACUGGAGUUAUUCAGGAUAUGUGAUAUCAGUUUGGAUCUUGUAACAAAAGCGAGUCAGGUGAAAGGUAAUCGGUCAAUUGGCGUCUCUUUAUUUCAAGGGUAAAACAAUAUCCUAUUGUUUGCGCGCGGUAGGUACAAUUGUAUAAGCCACUUAGGAAUGACGCAAAUAAGGUCAACUACUGUGUCAGUGAUGGAAUAUGACCAUAAAACUAACAGAUCACUCUUCAAGGAUCAGUUAAUGCUCCUCUUCGACAAGAGCAGAUCACGCUGAAGUCUGUCUUGUAAAACUUUAUUAGAGAUGGCUUCAACCCUGGGAACAAAAUCAUGGGGUGCAGGAAAGGAGUUUUGGGGCUUAGAUUGGGUUUACGAUCCCCAAUGGCUCUUGGACGAUGAACAAAGACAAAUCCAAGCAAAACUGAUAGAGAUUUGUAGGACUGUGAUCAGACCGAACGCUGUAAGUAUUACUAGGUUUUUUAGGUCCGCCAAGAGGAAUUUAAAUAAAAUGGGUCAUGAUACACGCAGAAGACAUCUGGUAUUCCUGCAUACCCCCCGUUUGUGUCCAUAGAAACGGAUUGGCUAGCUUUAGCUAAAGUUGCAGAUACAAUUUGAUUCCUCCUUCGUACACGGAUGUAGCCUAGUCGGCCGGUUCAGACCACCGUUGACCAUUGUUCGAUCGAACUUCCUCUCAGCAACAUUCCUCUUAUGCUACCAGGUCGUCCCUCAGUUUUCGAUCUUCAACGCAUGUAUUGUGCAAGCUGUCAAAAUAUCGGUACUGUGUAGCCUAAGUCAAACUUUUCCCGCGUUUUGAACCUUGGAAAAAUUUCGCGUAUGCGUAAAAAACAAAGAAAGAUAGAAAAUAGCAAGUUAUAUCCAACUGACAAUUACGAUUUACAUUGUAUUCUCAAAAAAACGUCCAGAAACAAAAAUAAAGAAACAUUAUUAGGUGCCUAAAAUUUAAGGAAAUAACAGUUCAAAAAGCAAAAUGCUUGGAGAAUGUUAACGCAAAAGAUGGCGAAAACUCAGCCUUUUGCAAUACGAGAAGGCUCUCUUUGGAUUAAAUUAGUUGGCCAGGAUUGUUUAUUGUUAAGUAGUUUCAAGUUAUUUUUUAUUUAUAUAUUCAGUGGUAUGUAUCUAGCAUGGGGGACAGGGCUGAUCGCGUCCAUCUGUGCUACUAUCCGUUGUUAGCAUGUUCGGUUGCUUAAGUGAGGCCAACGUGUUUAUCGUGUUAACGUUCAAACUUAAUCAUUGGAUAUCCAGGAUACGAUGAACACCGAUGGUGAUAAUAACUUCGCGCGAAGAGAGAUGCGUGGCGGGAGGCCGGAUAGUGGUACUGUUACCACAAUAUACAAAGUGCUCUCCAAACUCACGUAGCCCGCGAACAGCAGACGCAUUUCCGGUCGUCGCUUCUCUCCCUCCGAAAAAUUUCGGAGGGAGAGAAGCGACGGCCGGAAAUGCGUCUGCUGUUCGAUCGCAGACUAAACUCACGCCGAAAAUUCACAUGAAUAACUAGCCGAAAGUAGCAAAGGAUACCAUGUCGAGUAUGAAGAUUUCAAAUGUCAUCCCAGUUAAAUUUAAAAAACUGGACUCAAGUUUUUAUUUUUAUUUCGUCGAGAUCUAGAAAAAUUCCCGAUUAUCCAGAUAUAAAAAGCUAAAAUAACCUAGCGUUUUAUCGGCUCCAAGUCGGUUUAAAUCUCGGUUGUACCGCCUUUUUUCAAGCAACGUCACAUCAAGUAAAACCAAGUGGUUGACAUUUUUUUUUUUUUUGCUGUCUUUGCCAUAAUUAAGAAAUAAAAUUUUAGUUGCUUCUAUUUUAGUGGCUCAAAUUUGGCAUACAGGUCAACAGCAACAUUUUUAACGGAUGGAAUGAUCACACGUUAAGGCAUUUAAUCAACAAAAUUCACUGUGAAAAGUCUGAACUAUUUUCGGCGCUGCGAAAGGUUCAGGGUUACAGUGCACGCCGUAAGCUACACUUGCACGUUCUUUCGAGUGCCUCUUGCGGAUUAAACCCUCCGAGAGGCUUUAGACAAUGCGUCCACUAGCCUGGAUGUCUAGACGCAACUGAGCUUAAAAUCUAAUAUAGGAUAAAGGGACCUUUCAACUCUCCACUAAGUGAACACAGGUGAAGUGCGUGCCGUAAUACUCUCAACAUUUCAGAAAUUUACGGACAAUAAUCUAUUCAUCUUUUCUUCGAGAAUUCUCGGCCACCAGAACAGAUCACUUAAAAAUGGGCCAGUGAAUUUCCACGUUGCCCCAAGCCUCUGUUUCAAAGCGAGGAUAAGUGCGAUACCAUAAUGAUUUUUUUAUUCUUAAGCAAAAAGGACUCAUUUUCAUGAGAAAGAUUUUCACUUAACCUAGUUUUGAAAGUGAGACUUUUUGGAACUCUGAAAUGUCCUCUUCUUCUUAGGCAAGUUACGGAAAUGAUUAAAUAUGAAUGUCGAUUAUAUAUACGUGCAAAACUCAGUAUGUAAUUAAUUGUCAGCCACAAUUCUUGGCCUGUAGUAUCUCGCUUAUGACGUUUGUGUACUGUUUUCAAGUAUGAUGACAUACUGACAAAUAUCAAUUCUCAGGAAAGAUUUAGGUAAGGGACGGACCAUUAGAAAACUUAUGGGGGGGGCGGGCGAAGUACAAAAAAAAAAUUCGCGCAAGGGAAAAUUAAAUGAAAAAAAAUUCAUGCACGCCACUUAACCCUAAAAAAUAUUCAUGCAAUGGCCUAAAUAAAAUUCAUGCAAAGAAUCUGAUAACGAAAAAAAAUUCUUGCAGCUCGAAAAUUCCCCUCCCCCCCAUAACUUUUCUAAUGGUCCGUCCCUAAUCAGCCAAGCAGAAGUCUCUUCUGACUUCGUAAGUUUUUCGCCGCAGGACAGGAAAUCAUCAGCGCUAUCAAGGAAAUGUUUUUCCAUAUAUUGAGUCUGUUUAAACGUGAAAAAAACUCAUUUGGCGAACAUUUGUGACACCGACAAGCAUGUGAAUUCUACUGAAUGGAUCUACAAAACCAAAGAGGAACUGAAAUUUCCUGCCUUUCGAAAAAUUAAGGAUUGAAUUAACUGCAAAAACCGUAGACGAAGUUCCUGCUAGUUGUAAACGUUGGAUCUCUAGGAAAGAGAUCUAAUCAGCCAAAAUAUAAAGAACCAAAAACGAGAAGUCCAAAGAGUACUGCAAAGCUGAUUCAGAACAACGUGUAUUGUUUCUUCAUAAUAAUAUUUCGGCUGGCCAUACCAGCCUUCUUCAAGUUUACAGAUGUUACUGUGUUACUGAACUUAUGUAGGCAUCACAAUAUUAUAUAGAUGGAGAAUGUCGCAAUAAAGAUUGGUUAAAAGGGAGAAGCGGAAGUGACGUACAACACACUACUGGAUAGCAAAAAUACUAAGGAUUUGGAUUACAAUAAUUCGUCAGGGCGGUUUAGGCCAUGAGGUUCAAGAGUCAUGGCCUUAUCUAUCAAAUGCGACUCCCUGGCCUUACGAACUGAGUCACGUGAAGAACGAAUCUUCUCUAGUGGGAUUAACUGCAUGUCAGUAUGAGAAUGGUUAGAGUGAGAGAGAAAGUGUUCAGAAACAGUUUAGUUUUGUCGACUGCACGUCUGUCAUUUUCGUUAUAUCUGUCUUUGAGACGUCGCUUAGUUUCACCUAUAUAUUGUAAAUUACAACGGUUACAUUGAACCAUGUAGAUCACGUUUUUAGUGUUACAAGUAAUUUGAGAAGAGAUGGAGCGUGUUUCACCUGUAGCGUAAAAGGUAUAACUUGUGAGGCCGUUAGUAAUGUAUGGACAAGUGGCCAAUUUUUGUCCACAGCGGAAGAAGCUUGGCGGAAACAGAUUUUUGGAGAUAACGGGUAAUUGUGCUUUAACUAAAAGGUCACGAAGAUUUGGGCUAAUAAUUAAAACUUCCAAACCCCCUUUCCAAAACGAAAAUUAAGAAUGUUAAUCAGAAGAACCUCUGAACUGGAAUUUAUUUCUGCAGAUUAUCUGCGACGAAACUUAUGAGUUUCCAAGAAAGAGCGUGGAUGCCUUGGCAUCGCUCGGCCUUCUGGGACUUAUCGUACCUAAAGAACUUGGUGGCCUGGGUCAGAAUCACGUGUGUGCCGCCAUGGUGGUGGAAACUAUCGCCAGAUAUGGCUGCCCAAGUACCGCCAUGAUUUAUGGUGAGUUAGUAUUGUUGUGAAUGUAUUAUAUUUUUGGGCUCCUAUAGCGGCCUGAAUUAAACAAGUACAAAAAGGCCACCGGAAAUUGUACUCUGAAGCUUUCAGUCACAUGGUCACAUCGUAGCAGUUCACUUACAAACUCAACUGUAAGAACUCCCCUGAGCAAAAUACUGGAACAAAGGACUUUUUCACUGAACUAGUCACAUCAACGCAAAAGCCGAGACUUAAAAACAAGAACAACGAGCUUCAGCUCAACAGCUGAAAAAAUUGGCUGAAAAAUUGAAUUUACUUCAAAUUCAUUUUGAGGCAAAUUAAGGACGAUAAAAAGAUGGGAGAAAGAUAAGAGUGUACAAAUGAAAGUUAAUUGCGGCAGAGUAUUCACAGAGUGGUACUGAAAUAGUGUUCGCCAAAUGGUCAAAGCCAAUUAUUUAGUGACAACUUUGGAGUGAGUCGUUGAUGGCCCUGCCCUUUCACCAGUAUUUUUGGAACUUCCAGGACUAUACAAAUCUGUGAAUGUUUUCAGUCUUAAUCUUAAAAAUCCCAGAAGUUCUAUUCUAAUAAUUUCAUCUCUGUUUUCAGUGAUGCACCUAGGCGCAGUCGCAGCGAUGCUUUUCCGCCAUCAUGACAACAAGACUCUCCAAGAUUUACUGAUGCGGCUUGACAAGGACAGUUUAAUUGGAACUUUGGUUUUCAGCGAUCCCGCUACAGGUAGAUGUACUUAAUAGACCAUUCAAGUCGAGUUCCAAAAAUCUAACUUCCUAAACGAGACGAGACUAAGUUCAAAACCUUUCUUAUGAAAAUCUUCUUCUUCUUCUUCUUCUUCUUCUUCUUCCUCUUCUUCUUCUUCUUCUUCGCCUAGCCUUGGCGUUUAUGGUAGGAAACUUAAAGUUCACCGUUGUUAACUCUUACAAUUAAGGCAAGACUUAAACGUGGCUUAAACACAUACCAACUUGAGGAGAACUUUAGGCAGAUAAAAAGAUAGUAAGAGAGCCAUUGAAAGUAACACUUUGGUAGUAAACUAAAAAAAGAUAAAAUAAGCAGAAAACGACUGGCAAUGCAAAAGACGUUCCCCUCACAGUUUCUGGUGAACCAAGCAAAAUGUAAACAAAGUUCCCUAAAAAUGUUAUUUUUUCCUCACAGGUGGGCACAACUGGUUUCCAUUCUCCUCCAAGGCCAAGAGGCUUGAUGACAGCACCAUUCAAGUGUUACGUUAUGGGGCCUGGGUAACAAGUGGAGGUUUUGCAGACUUCUACGUGGUUGAAUGCACAAGCCCGUCGUUUGCUGGCGACUUCAUGAAUCUCAGUCUGUUUCUUAUGUUCAAGGUAUAAUUAAGCAAUAUCAAGUAAUACUUAAAACCCUAAGUACAUUCGAUCAAAAACAUUUCUCCUUGUCCUUCUUCUAUCGUACGGAUGAUGACAAUUUAUUUUCUAAUCAAAAUGUAUAUUUGAUCAUCAUUUUUCUUGAUUCUCAAGACCCUUGUAUUUGAUUAAGCAGUGAUCUUAUGACAAGACAGUUACUUGACACAUUAAUUCCUUAGCUGCGUACUUUGAGCCCCUGCGAAACCUCCGAGUGCACAGGAGCUGUUUAGUAAAAGAGCAAAUUCUACGUGCUUUCUGAACAGACUUAUACGAACAUAAUGGCUUAUUCGCGGAAUGUGCUUUUUUAACAGGACCAGGUUCGUUCCAGCACUGAUGAGUGGUCAGCACUUGGCAUGCGCGGUAACCAUUCCAGCCCUGUUGUGUGUGAAGGAGUUCUGUCUGCAGACAGGCUUGUUGGGUCAUUUGGUAAGUUAGAGUUAACUUCACGUCAUAAAUGUAAUAAAACAUUAACAAAGUAGAAGAAUAACUUCAGUGGGAUCCUUCAAGAGAGAAAUUAAAACCAUUGCCUUGAGCGCUAUACUUUCCUGGGGUUCUACUUAUAAAGCUUUGCAAAGUGGUCAUGCCUUUUUAAAUGGACAGGAAAGCUAAGGCGUGCUCUGGCCUGCCAAUGGACUGGAGUCAUAUUAUAUAGUUGGUUUAAACGGAGCUUGGUCCAUCAUAUCAGGAUCCACGAUGUUUUAUACCAUUUUAUCAUAACUGCGACAAGACUAUUUGUUUUUGUCGAGGCUUCUUUGUAGUGAAAUCUACGGAGUGGGGAUGGCGCCUGGGAGGGAAGAGGGCGGGAGGGGUACGGGAGGAGGAGGAAGAACUAGAACGGUGGGGAGAGUAGGGAAAUUGGGGAAAUUACGCAACAAUGCUUAAUACUCACAAUUAAAAAAGGGUGAAAGAGAUGAAGCCGAGAAAAAAUGCGGCUGAAGGCGAGAGAUUUGGACCCCAUGCUUCCAUUCACUCACUCCCACUUUUUUACUUAGGAGCUUCACUACCCACCCAUUUUUAAAACAAAACAAUGAACGGGAGUUUUAAAUUCUUCAACAGGUGAAUUUCCCUUGGCUGCUCAUGAAGUCAUUGACCCAUACUUCCUGCUAUACUCCUCAGCCUGUUGGAACGGUUUAGCAUUGGGUACCAUUGAUGUCGCUAAAAAACACGUGAGCAGAACAGAACAUGCUGAUUCAGGCCUGCGCGUGGCCGAUUAUCCCAUUAUACAGGUAAGAGAUCAUGUGCUCUUGACAAUGCUUGUCCAAUCUGUCCAAUCCCUUUUGAGUGAUUUUUGAUAAGCUCUGCACUUUUAUUUUCUGCGAAUUUGAAGGAGACCACGACAAUUUGUAGAAGCAAACUAAGUUUCUAUAGCGCUUCAAGGGUCAGAAGCACUACCCGGAUCUGGGUAGUGACGCGUAAUCAGUAUGAAAUUUCUGCGCUCGUUUCUCCGACGUCAUUUCGCGGGAAAACAAACCGUGGCGUUGCGAAAUGUCGGCUGUUUUCUCAAGCUUUCCGAAAACUGCAAAAUAAAAAAUAAAGACGAAUAGUACUGCUGAUAGCUGAACUCAAAAGCUACAUAUAUACCACCAUCUUGAACAGCUCGAUGAGCGAUACCAACGGAAAGUAUUGCUCUCCCAGUAGUGCACCUGAAAUCUCCGCGCCACAUUCUCGAACCAUCCAUCCAUCGUAAGAGCAAAACCUAUCUACGGCACAACUAGAAGUCCAGGGAAGAUCAAAGGUUUUGAAGUUUAAUUUUGACUGCAUUCACUCCCUUUCUUUGUGUUUUAUUUCAGGAUUAUUUUGGUAAAGCCAUCACUGAAACAAACAGCUCGCGGUUGAUGCUUUUUAACGUGGCGAAGGGAAUGGACGGGGUUACUAACAACAACGACUGGUCUAUUUACAAAGAACCCAUGACAGCACCGUGGUAAGUAGUGCAUCAUUACAACAAGUCAACAAAUCACUUUCUAACUGAUACUUAAUCAUAUAAUUUCACGACAAUUGCAACCAAAUUAGGACAAGAAAAUCUCCGACGCAAUCUUAGCCAAGCAUCUUCCGGGCGACUAAUUCUCUUCGAUAACUAUGAAUCGUGAAUUUUUGGGUCCCGUAGAAAAGCUCCGAGCGUCUUCGAGUAAGUUUCCAAGAAGAUCGAGAGUUGCCAGCUAAUUAGUUAUUAAUCGUUGCAAGUUUUUACAAAUCUCUGCAAUAGCCCGGCUAAACUUUGUAACGUUUUAGCGUUGUCUUCUCACCCCAGCGCGAAUUAGUGUAUUAGUUUCAUUUGCAGUAAGAUCGAAAUAAUAAAUGAGAGGGGAGGCGAGGGGGGAGGGGGGGUUGUUUGACUACUAGUGAUUUGAAGUGUGGAGGCCGAGGAUACUCUCCUCUUAUAUAAGUCAUUAUGUUUUGGAGGGGAAAUAGGGGGCUUCCGCUGUCCUGUAAAUAUCCAUCGAGAUGGUUUGCUGUCGUAGUCAGCCAUUAACAAGAUAUGCGUGUUAAGUAAUGUACACUUAAAUCUUUUUAUGCUCGUUAACUGGAACAAGGAAGGGCGCCUGAUCGCAACUAAUCGCAGUUUUGUCUACUUUUCUUUGCUUGGUCUUUUAAGGUAUCAUCCACCCUUAAGCACCCUCCCCGCGUUGAUCGGCGCUAGCGCUUUUGCUUUUAAUAAAUACCCCCAUAAACCGUACAUUUUCUGAAAGCUUAAUAGUUCCAGAUUAUUGCUUAUUCCUUUUAAAAAAUCAAAAUAUUAACGCGAUUCAGAAAUGAGAAGCUUUUUGUGAAAGUGGGUGUCGCUGUAAAUUUAAGUCCAGGCCAGCCAAAAAUAAACGGAAGAAGCCAAUUAAGAUCGCAUUCGCUUCUUAACACGUUUGACUAAAAAACCGUGUCUCAGAUUUUUGUCAAGUGGGUUUGUUCUUUUGUUAUAAGCAGUUGAAAUUAGGGAUAGCAAAUCUUUAGCACUACCUGUGAAAAAAUACUCUUACUCGAAAACGAAAAAAGAAAUCAAAAUUCGCAGACACGGUUUUUUAGAAAAACUGUCUGACAGUAAGUUGGCCAAAUUUCAGCCAAAUUGGUUCACGGGUUGCCGACUUGGAGUUUAAAACGUACCCUCAACUUGCUGUGAUUUUCAUUUCAAGAAAACAGGGGGAAAAGAUUUUUGGCGGCGUAUUGCCCGUGACGAGAUUAUAACCGAUUAUAACACCAAAGCUGUCAAUGUUGAUGCAUACCAGAAAAGGGACAACAAUAGUGACACAGCAGGAAAAGGUUACAAACGAAACCCAUGCAACAACAGAUGAACAAUUUAUUUCAAACGCUCUGCUCUGUUCGAUCCUUCUGUUGUUGAGAAAGCAUCUUUAGCUAUUUGCGACGGGCAGUUUUCAUUUUGAGCCAAGCCAAAUCGACAACAAACCGCUUCCUGGAGUUUUUCUUGAAGCUGCUCUCCUGCCACAAUAGACUUUCAAAAAAGUCCUUCGUCCGAUUUUUAUAUGGCGCGGUACCGGUCACGAAUUUGUCGCUUGCUUGGCCGCUUCGCGGCCUAAAAAGCUCGCUCCGCUCGCUAAGAAACUCGUGAAACUCGAUUUCGCGGUAGUUUCAAUGGGUUUUUCAGAAGCUUUGUCAUCUUUUAGCCAUUUUUCUUGAUUGUAGUAGGAGCCCUUGUCGCUCUCUGCUAAUUUCGAAACCCACACUUUGCAAAACGAUUUUGUCGUCUUCUUUCGUCUUGGAGUCAAGGACGAAAACGGACAAGCUCUUUUUUCUUCUUUGGAGGCAUUCACUUCCAAAGUCCAGGGAAAAACAGUGUGCACUAUACUUGUAGACCACGAUUUCUGUCAAAUUGCGUGAUUAGCUUGGAUCAACAGCGGCAUGCGUAUCAAGUAUGACAGGACAUGUCAACGAUCAAUUAAAAUAAUUAGCAUAGAAAAAACUUUUGCGCUCCAUAAGUCUGCUCAGAAAAAACAUUUUUUCCUGGAAUUUUUUUUAAAAGAAAGCUCUUGAUGAACUCUGCUUAAUCAUCUAAAAAUUGAAAAUUUCGAAAAAUGAUGGGUUUUUACCCUGGAUGAUACCUUAACACUUUGCAUCUCUCUUGUCUCUCCUUCUUAUCUUUUCUUAUAGUCGAGGUCAGUUUCAUCACUGGUGUUUUCAAGUCAAAAUAAAAGCUGCCGCAAAUGUAUCGUACGUCGCAGAUGAGAUGUUGCAUGCCUGUGGAGGAGUUGGUUAUAAGAAAGAACUUGGUAAGUCUGUCAGGAUUAGAAACUCUUUCUCGGAUCUUCUUCGCAAAUCUUCGAACAUGGUCGGAAAUCUUCGGAUACUUUAAAAAAAAAGGAUUGAAGAUGCCUAGAUUUCCUUCGGACAAUGUUCUUUAGGGCUUAUCAAGCUGACGGAAGUUAGAUCUUUGGAAAAUAGCAAAGCCAGUGGUUUUGGUUCAAAAUAAAACUGAGUACAAAAAAAUACAUAUUGGACUGUUGUUCAAGUGUUAAUAGUUCUGUGCUGUACGGUUACAAAGAUCUGAGGUAGUAGAUUCUUUUACAAUUUCUUUAGCUCGUGUAGUUUUAACGUGUGAAAUGUUCCUUUACAGGUUUGGAGCGCUUGCUACGCGACAGCAAAGCAGGAUGGUUAAUGGGGGCCAGCAAUGAGGUGCUGAGACAGAUUGUAGGAAAAACGAGCCUGUUUGGUCUUAAUGCGAUAGAUUUUUGGUAAGAAAAUAAUCCAGGAAACAUGCAAUUUUUUUUGCACCUUCCGAAGCCUAAGUCAGCAAAUAAUAAUUCUCCCUCGUUUUAAAUACUUGAUAUCCCACAAAAUUAAAAAGCUAAAGCACCUUGUUCUGUGGCGCAACUUAGUAUCUCCCAUUUGGGAUUCUAUCCACAGACGAAAAUGUUAGAGCCACCUUGUACAGCAUUUUAGGGACCUUAAGAUCCGACGACGGCGACAAGAACAUCAAAAAGCAAUAGGUUUAGUAACCAAAAUAACAAUUUUGUACGUGCAUCACGCUUUUUUGUACAUUACUUUGCUGUUACUGCACGACUACGACGUGAAAAUGCCCAAUUUUACGUUGUACAGGCAACGUACAAAUUUCCUCUCUCUAUCUGAACUUGGAUUUGGUUCUUAGGAAUUCAACUUUAGGAGGGUUCACCUACAUUUGACAAUGUUAGCGACUUGGAGUAAUAUAUUAAUCGCGAUGAAGAUUGAAAGAACGCGAAUUUACUUUUUCAGCGACAUUUCCGCUACCGUCGCCGUCCUCGGAUCUUAAGGUCCCUAUUAAAGAAACCACAGAAGAGUACUGCACGAAAACGUUUAUUUGAAUGGUCACAAUUUAGGAUUUCAUCCACAGAUUCAAAAGGAGUAAAGCCACCCUGGAAUUGUGAUAAACAAAGGCACAUGUAGGACUAUUUAGUGGCUUUUAGUUGAAUGAUCGCAUUUUUAGAAUCCCAUCAACCACCUAAUGAAAAGACUGCUAAGUUUUACCUUCAAUUGAUUUGUCGGUUCACUCUGAUCUACUCAGAACUGAGAUAUUGAACAAAACCACAUGUAGGAACAAACUACUUAUUUUCAGCGCCUUUGAGCAAUUUUCUCUUUCAAAUCUCCUCUUAGGUGCAAAGUUUCUGAUGACCGCGUCCUUAACUUGGAGCUAAAGAAGCUAAGUGGAGACGCAAAGCGUGAACUGGCCAAGAAACUGCUUGCAGAGGCAGAAAUUGAAAACGCAAACGGGAAAAACGACAUCCAUCACUCGUACCAGGACUCGGAGUUUGAUAACCCAUUCAAUACCAGUCCUCCAGCGACCCUUAAAUCUCUGGAUUCUACUAAUGGGUUUAAACUUAAACAGAAAACGUGUCUUAAACCGGAUGAGUUCAUCGCUUUAAAACUACUUUCCGUACAACCUCUUACUGAAAUGGUUGCAGAGUACACCUUUGCGUUGCCCCAGGCCUCUGACCUUACGGGAUGCUUUCCUGGUCAGUACGUUCGAGUGAGACUGGGAAAAAAUCAGCGGUUCCUCUCACCAGUGUCACGCGCUAAGGAACCUGGAAAGAUUUCACUGCUGCUGAAGCUUGAAACACACGGAAUGUUCUCGAACUCAAUGCGCUGUCUCGAAGUCGGUAAGAAUUGUAUGAUCGAACAUUCAACAUCAUAAGGCGUCGCUAAUUGUAGUUCUGCCUAAUGCUUGCUAUUCUCCCAAAGCAAUACUGCUCAAUAGCUUUUUGUUUGAAUUGUCACAUCACAUUACAGAAUUUCUUUUUUGACAAAAAUGAAUUUCAUUUCAGAGCCAUCUUGACUUAAUAGGGUUUUCCUUAUGAGAAUUGUCACUGUUUUAAAGGCUGAAACUACUUUGUAUAGCAUCAAACAGCACAAUAAAAAAACUGCUAAGAAGCGCUCAUUUAAACUAACAGUCUUGGUAUUUUCUUUUGGUAGGAACUUACAGUUAGACCAAAUGUGUCAUCGUGCACAUUUUCCAAGAAAAAAACACAAAUUAACAAGACAUGCUUUUUACAACCCUUUUACUUUAACCUUUAAGCACUAAGGGUGAUCAGCAUGAAAUUUCUCCUUAUAAUAUCAAUGCUUUAGAGAACGGCUUGGUCAUGAGAAUUGAGUACAUGAUCAGGGAAGAUGAGUCUAAUUGAUAUUUCAACAAUUUCUCCCCACCACUUCUAUUGAAAAAGUAUAGGGACAAUAAGUGAGAAUCUCAAUUUUGAUAUUAGGGUUUAGAUGGUUAAACCAGUUCAUCGAGCAUCAUUAAUCAUUUGAGGAACUUUCUCAAGCACGCAAAAGAAUAAUUAAACUGAUAAACAAAUAAUUCGGCCAAAAAGACUAGGUUAAACGUCGUUAAUUUUUGAAUUACUGCUCGCUUUUUUCAUAUCAUUUAAAACACUCCCCUCGUGUUUUUUUUGUGGUCACUUCACGGUGUUUGGAUAGCAUAUGAUAAACCCUCACUUCUGUUUGUCUUGCCAAUGCAUGGGGUUGGGAUGUUUGAUGAAACAGUCUAUCUCGUGCUGGUUUAUCACUCCAUGAUGUUUGAAUAACAUGAAACAAUCCUUUUCAAUCGUGUUUGUUGUAUCUCUUCCUGGUCGUCGAAUAUCAGAUAUAACUCUCAGUUUUAAGCUGAUAUAUCGCCCCCGGUGUGCGGGAUAUUAUGUUUACAUACUUUCACUUCUUUGUUUUCAUCACUACAUGGUAUUUGAAUAUAAGACGAAACAUUCGUUAUCGUGUUCAUAUAUAACCUCACGGUGUUUGGAUAUCAUUUUAAUAAAUUUUCUCUCGUGUAUGUUUUAUCACUACGUACUUAACGGUGUAAGAUAUCUUAUGUUUGAUAUAUUACAGAAAGUUCUAACGAUAUUAUUUCCUCAUUUACCAGGUGAUACUGCAGACUUCUCCGGCCCUUGCGGUGGAUACGAAUACGUACCCAACUCAACCAAAAACCUGACCUUGUUGGCAACCGGUAUGUCAUGCCAGCCUGCAGUCCAAAUACUGCGCGAAAUAGUGGCUGAUCCGACUGAUAAAACCUCAGUAGUUCUCCUGAUCUACGCUGAAAAACCAGGCGGUAUUCCCUACCAACAAGAAUUAAAGCAGUAUGCCAAGUACGACAAGCGAUUAAAAUUGUCCUUUACCGUCAGCGAGGUUGACUGCGAUGACUGGGAGGGAGGGCAGGGCUAUAUUGAUUCCAAGCUGCUAUCCAGUUCCCUCCCUCCACCAGAAGAAUCUAGUCAUCGGGUGAUAGUAUGUGGAGGUCCUCGAAUGGUCAUGGGAGUGCUUCAGGGAAUGAGAAAGCUGGGAUACUCAAGUGACAAGAUCUUUGUGUACGGACAGUUCGGGGUCCAGCAGAUUAAAGCCGUAUAUGGAAAGUUUUCCAAGUUAGCGCAGCACAGGGAGACCAACAACAUAGCAAAUCAUCAACAGGCAUGA